GAAUAAAUGCUUAUCCUCAAAUAGGAUUGGGUCGCCCUGAUUGAUUUGUUCGAAUCAACGUUUUGGGACCCCCACAUCAAAGGUCCAAUGUGAACAAAUGAUUCUUCACCAACCCGUCAUCCACUCAAGACCACUAAAAUGUGAAAAUUUAUGGGUCAAGUUGAUAGUAGCCGUUUCUUUUCCAAUUAAGAUCUUGCUUAUAAAUUGAGUUUGAGAAACGUUGGCAUUGUGUUGAAAUCACUUCAACCCAUGUGGUGGAUUGAAGUAAACAGCCAGGGAAAACUGAACCAAAUUAUCAAUUUGAUUAAACCCCAAGGAUAGUGGCACUAUUCUUUAAUUAUUGACUUAACCAAUUAGUAUUCUUCUACCCAUCAAGCUUGACUUGACCACAAGAGCAGUGAAAACCAUUGGAUCCCCUUCAGCGGAUUUCUAUCCUUGCUUCAAGGAAACCACUAGGUCACAAGGUCCUAUGCAUUGACUAAAAAAUGAAGAACCCACAAAAAAUAAGGGCAAGACUUCCCAAUUCCAAACCCUAUUGCCUUAUAUUAAACCUCCCCUCUAAACUCCCCACAAUCACAAAUCAUUACCCUAGCCAAAAGCCUCAACCGUCCCACUUCUUGACCUAACCUAACCUUCAUGAAGUCCUUCAUUCUCUUCCUCUCCUUGCUCACCCUCCAAUGCCUUCGAGCCACGUCACGCACCUGCCACGUGGACGACGAGACCGGCUUGCUCGCAUUCAAACGGGGCAUCACCCACGAUCCCUCGGGUAUUUUGGCAUCGUGGAAGCCCGGCACCGACUGCUGCACGUGGGCUGGCAUAACUUGUUUGUACAACGAUCGGGUCACCGCAGUGUGGGUCCAGGGACAACCCGAUAAACCGGACGGGUUCUUAUCGGGCACCAUCUCACCGUCGCUCGCGAAGCUCAGGAGCCUCGACGGGCUUUACCUGACGGACCUGAGGAACAUCACGGGUCAGUUUCCGGUCUGGCUGUACGGGCUUUCCAACCUCACUUACGUCUACUUGCAGAACGUCCCACUCUCGGGCCGACUGCCCACCGACAUAGGCAAGCUGGGCGCCCAGUUACGCUAUUUUUUCCUCGAAAGAAACCGGUUUACCGGGUCGAUACCCGGUUCGGUAUCCGAGAUAGCCGGGCUGAGAGAGUUCAGCCUCGCCGGCAAUUUCAUCACCGGCAAAUUACCAAUCGGAAUCCGCAGCCUGAAAAACCUGACCCUGCUCUGGCUUCAGGACAACCAGCUCUCCAAACCCAUCCCUGAGGUUUUCUCGUCCCUCAAGCUCAGGUAUCUCAACCUCUCCGGCAACAAAUUUUCCGGCAAAAUCCCCAACUCGAUUACAUCUCUUUCCUCUACUCUAGCUUACCUCGAGCUCGCCCACAAUUCCCUCUCCGGCCAAAUCCCCAGCUUCCUCGGAAAUUUCCAGAAGCUCGAUACUCUGGAUCUUUCCCACAACAAUCUCACAGGACCCGUCCCCAAAACUUUCUCCAAUCUCACAAAGAUCUUCAAUUUAGACCUUUCCCACAAUUCCCUUUCCGAUCCUUUCCCUGCAAUGAACGUGAGAGGAAUCGAAUCGUUGGAUCUGUCUUACAACAAUUUCCAUUUGGGGAAAAUCCCCAAUUGGGUCACUCUGUCUCCGAUCAUCUACUCCCUGAAGCUGGCGAAGUGUGGGAUCAAGAUCAACCUGACGAAUUGGAAGCCGAAGGAGGCGUAUUUCUACGACUUCAUCGACUUGUCGGAGAAUCAGAUCUCCGGUAGCCUGAUUCCGUUGCUGAACCGGACGGAUUACUUGGUUAGUUUUCGGGCCGCCGGAAACAGAGUGAGUUUUGAUUUGGGGAAGUUGGUCAUUGUUGGGACGAUGAAGGAAUUGGAUCUGUCGAGGAAUUCGAUUUUCGGGGGAGUGCCCAGUUCGGUCUCCGGGCUGCAGAGCUUGGAUUUGAGCCGGAACCGUUUGUGCGGGAGGUUGCCGGCGACGAAGUUUCCGGCGAGCUCGUUUGUGAGGAAUGAUUGUCUAUGUGGCUCGCCUUUGCUCCCAUGUAAAUAAGUUCAUAAGUGUUUAUCUUUAUAUUGUCGAUGUCCAAACCAUUAUGGCUUUGUGAUUAAGGGAUUGUCUUGCAUGGCAACAUCUUCAUCAUUGCCAAUCUUAAUAAAAAUUGGUUUGGCAAACCAAAAUCUUAGUUUGAUUGUAUUAGUAUAUUUCUGUCAUUCAAAUGUGAUGUGACAUUAAGUACAUGGUGACACCAAAUGCUCCAUCUGGAGCAGAAUCAUUAGUUCUAACUUCUAAGUAGUGUCACAAUAUAGAAAUAAAAUUUGACUAAUGGUAUGCGAUAUCAAAUAUAUGAGCGUAAAAAUGUACUAGUCCAAAAUUUUGUUUGGUUUUAGAAUACUAUACUAUUUUCAUUUUCAUUUUCAUUUGAUAUGAUAUCAAACACACGAGAAUAAAAAGUAAUUAGAUAAAUUCAUUUUUGAGAAACGAGAUCUCAUUUUGGAAGUAGCAAUAAGAAUUCCAAAUUAGAAUAACAUGUGUACAUAAUUGACUUAAGGAUUCCUAUCGUAAUGAUAUCAAAACAUGUAUCACAACAUCGAGUUGUAUUUGUGCAAGUUCUUAACUUCCUAUGAACCUUAAUUAACUUAAGGAUUCCUAUCGUAAUGAUAGCAAAACCUGUAUCACAACAUCAAGUUGUAUUUGUGCAAGUUUUUAACUUCCUAUAACCCUUCUUCUCAUCUCUCAUCAGGGCCGGCCUAGAGGGUGUGCUGGCCCGCCCUCUGGCACAGGGCCUCCGAAUAUUAGGGGCCUCCACUUAGAUCCGUUAGUUACCGAUCGUACAUUGUAGAUUAUAUUUUUAGUAUAUGAUUGAUUGAUUAUGAGUAUGAUGACGAUUUUAAUAGAUAAUUUUAGCUAUAAUAACAAUUAAAAAUGAUAUCAUGAAGGCUACGAAAAUAAGAAAGAUAAUAGAUAAUUUUAUGGGUAACGUCUAUUUUUUAUCCAGACCUUUUUCGGAUUCUUUUAUAAUAUCCAAACCUAUCGAAAUACUAAAAAUUAGCCGAAUGUUAACUUUCGGUUAGCAUUUUUGUUAGUAAUAUUGACUUGACAACAUGAUACUGACUUGGAAGAGACACAUGAAGGUCAAGAUUCCAAAAUUUUAGUAUUUUAACUAAGAAAAGAGUUACAGAAUUAUUAACAAUAACGUAAAAAUGACUAAUAUUUUGGUGCAUUAUGAAAUAUUUGGCUAAUUAAUAAAUUUUUAAUAUCAUUUUCUGAGACUAUGCAUUUUUUUAUAAUUAGACAGCCCUGGGAAUUUGGUUUUGGUUUCUUCGUCAAACUAGAAACGUGAUCAUUUAUUUCUUUUGUAAUCAUUUUCUGAGACUAUGCAUUUUUUUAUAAUUAUUUAAUAAUUUUUAUUUUUAAUAAAUUUGUGGAGAAAAAUUUUAGGGCCACAUUUUAAAUUUUCGAACAGGGCCUCCGAAUAUUAUGGGACGGCCUUGUCUCUCAUUUACUUCUUUUUUAGUCAUUUGAUAUGGUCGUUUGGUCUAAACUCCAAAUAAAACUUAUAUUGAACUAUGUCGAGUAUAUCUCUAUGGUUGUGGAAAUCGUUUGGUCUAAACUCCAAAUAAAACUUAUAUUGAACU